GGGUUCCAUACAUUAUAUAUCAUAACAAUGUUUGAUUUCGACUAUUGAGAUGCUACUAAGCAAUUCUUUGAAUUUCAUAAAUAUUUGCAUUGUCAGCUUAUCUUGCAAAGUAGCGCUGCAGAUCAUCUGGGUAGCAAGCCUCAGCAAUCAAAUUAAGGCCAAGAAAGUCUGAUCAAAAACACAAAAAUAAAGGGGUGCCUUUCUAUCCUGAUACAGUAUGCUGAUUUCCUAUUCUUUUCUUGUCAGCUACAUCCUCUGUAGCCGCAUUAGUCGUUCUUUUUGUUAUUGGUGGCUACUGCACUCUAUCUUUCACUCAAGACAAGGUAUAACGAGGAGAUACACUUGAAGGUCAAAUGUUUCUGAAGACAUGUGGCAGCUCGAAACCCACAAGGUACACUUUCUCUGAAGUUAAGAAGAUAGCAAGGCGAUUCAAGGAAAAAGUAGGCGAGGGUGGAUUUGGGUUUGUAUACAAAGGCGAGCUACCAAAUGGAGUGCCUGUGGCUGCCAAAAUGUUAGAGAACUCUACAGGUGAGGGAGAAGAAUUCAUCAAUGAAGUUGCAACUAUAAGACUAAUUCAUCAUGCAAAUAUUGUAAGUCUAUUGGGAUUUUGCUUAAAAGGAACUGGACGAGCCCUUAUUCAUGAAUUCAUGCCCAAUGAGUCAUUGGAGAAAUAUAUUUUCUCGUGUUAUGCUAAUACCUCUCAAGAGCUCAUAGUACCAAACAAAAUGGUAGAUGUUGCUUUAGGCAUUGCCCGUGGAAUGGAAUACCUACAUCAAGGAUGCAACAAGCGCAUCCUCCAAUUUGAUAUCAAGCCUCACAACAUCUUGCUGGACUACAACUUCAAUCCAAAGAUCACAGACUUUGGCCUUGCAAAAAUUGUGGCAAGGGAUCAAAGCAUCAUUACCUUGACAGCAGCAAGAGGCACUACUAUGGGGUAUAUUGCGCCAGUGCUCUAUUCUCGUAAUUUUGGGGGUGUAUCCCACAAGUCAGAUCUUUACAGUUUUGGCAUGCUGGUCUUGGAAAUAGUAAGCGGAAGGAAGAACUCAGACCCAAGUGUCGACGGCCAAAAUGAGGUUUAUCUCCCAGAGUGAAUCUUUGAGAAAGUAAUAACUGGGCAGGACCUGGUAGCUAGGGAAAUGACAGGAGAUGAGAAAGAAAAGGUUAGACAGCUGGCCAUUGUGGCACUAUGGUGCAUUCAAUGGAACCCAAGAAACUGACCCGCAAUGAUAAAGGUGGUAAACAUGUUAACAGGGAGAUUGGAGAAUCUUCGUAUGCCCCCAAUGCCUUUCGUCUCAUCUGAAAGUCAUGAGAUGCCAUAAAACA